GGUCAUAAUUGCGGUAUAUAACGGUUGCAAAAUCCGUUAAGUUGCCGGGAGCAUUCCGCGCCACAGAAACUCGAACCUGCUCUGGUUCUCCAUCUCAGAGCCAUGGCGAGCAUUUCUACGAUGCUCGUUCGUCCCAAUCUCAUACUCUCUUCUUCCGAUCUGGUUUCGCCUUCUUUCCAUCGAUCUCUUCCUCCCACAGCCAUUCGCUUCCGUACCUCCAGAAAAUCCACUACUCACAAACCUUUCUCCCUUUCAGUCUCAGCUUCUUUACAAGCUCUAAUAUUCGACUGCGACGGCGUGAUCCUUGAAUCCGAGCACUUGCACCGACAAGCAUAUAACGAUGCGUUUGCUCAUUUCGACGUCCGUUGCCCUAAUUCGGCGUCGCAGCCUCUCAAUUGGAGCAUCGAGUUCUAUGACGAGCUCCAGAACCGCAUUGGAGGCGGUAAACCGAAAAUGCUAUGGUACUUCAAGGAGUUUGGAUGGCCAUCUUCAACGAUUCUCGAGAAGGCUCCGGAAGAUGAUGAGGAGCGAGCAAAGUUGAUUGACGUUCUUCAGGAUUGGAAAACAGAAAGGUACAAAGAAAUAAUCAAGUCUGGAACUGUGAAGCCCAGGCCUGGAGUUCUAAGUCUGAUGGACGAGGCAAAAUCUGCUGGCAGGAAACUUGCCGUAUGCUCUGCAGCUACCAAAAGUUCAGUUAUUCUUUGCCUUGAAAACCUUAUCGGAAUUGAUCGGUUUCAAAAUCUUGAUUGCUUCCUUGCUGGUGACGAUGUGAAGGAAAAGAAGCCCGAUCCAUCCAUUUACAUAGUAGCUUCAAAAAAGCUAGGCGUGUCAGAAAAGGAUUGCCUGGUGGUUGAGGACAGUGUCAUUGGCUUGCAGGCCGCAACAAAAGCAGGAAUGCAAUGUGUCAUAACCUACACAGCUUCCACAGCUGACCAGGAUUUUAAAGAAGCGAUAGCAACCUAUCCAGACUUGAGUGAUAUAAGAUUGAAGGACUUAGACUCUCUUCUACAAAACGUUGCCACUCCAAGAUAGACAAUUACUCUCAGCGUUGAAUUGAUGAUAACCAAGGAGCUUCCAGGAAAUUUUUUGCUGCUGAAAUUGGUUUGGCAUUUCCACAAUGUACAGGUGUAUGUAUGUAUACAUUUUGAAUGCACUAUCAGAAGAGACAUCAUAAGAUGCUGUUGUUCAGACAAUGUCUGUCGGUCGAUGGUUAAGGUUAUAGUUGAUACCAAGAGGAGCUGGACUGAUUUACCUUCUCAGGUGCCCAACUAAUUCUCAAAUCCAUUUUCUCCUUAAUGUACUGAUGGGUUCUUUCCCCUAUAUCUUAGGCAGCGAGAUGAGUAGCUAUUGAUGCGCUUUCGAUUAUUAGAGUUUUUAAUCGCAUGGCAGUGAACAGACCGACCAA